UUUCUUUUCCAUUAACUUUUCAAGCUUAACUCUUCACCUUUACAACUCGAAAAUAGGAUCUUGUUAAACGUGACUUAAGCAAAAAUUUGAGAAAUUUGUUUUACACUUAGCAACAAAUUCUCUAGUUGGAAGUUGGGUUUAAUCAAAAUGAAGAACAAGGGUUUAAUCUUGAAGCACUCAAUCGCUCUUGUAACCAUUCUGGUAACCGUUUGCUGCAUUUUCAUAGUUAUUGUAACUUUUUCCAACCUUCCAGAGGCUCAAAACAAGAGUAAUCAGAAAAUGGGGUUUUAUCAAAUCACCAGAUCUAGAAAAGUCUCGAUUCAAGAUAUUAACUUGGGCAGGUUUGGUGAAAUGAUGAUUGAAAUGUUGCCUCAAGAUCUUGCUUUCACUGUUUUUGUUCCGUCCGAGGAAGCUUUUAAACGUGAUCUGCAUUUGAGUGUGGAUGAUAGUUUGAAACAAGACAGGUUUAAUGAUACUUAUGCUAUUGUGAGCCGUGUGUUGGGUUUUUCUGCUGUUCCUCGUACGGUUUGGUCGGUUGAUUUGAGGUUUGGGGAGGUUGUGAAUUAUGAGUCUUUGUCUGGGUUUAGUUUGUAUGUUUCGAAAGGUGUUGAUGGAAUGGUGGUUGUUAAUAGGGUUAGGUCUGAAAUUGUGGAUGUUAGAAAAAGGGAGAUUGUGGUUCAUGUUUUGGAUGGGGUUAUUAUGGAUGCUGAUUUUGAACAAUCGGUUUUAUCUGAGGAGGAUUGAGUGUAUUCAAGUUUUAACAUUUCACUCUUGUAUAUUCAUGAUGCAAAAGUUGAUGCAUUAUUGUCUUUUUUUUCAUUAGGUGGUUAAAAGUACUAAAAGCAAACGGUUUUAUUUUA